AUGCAAGCAACGUAUUUGAAGUUGAAAAACUUAUUUGAUGAAGCCCAACGCUAUGUCGUGUCUGGAAGCAUCAUUUAUGAUGCAAAAUCAUCUACAAAAUUUGUUGAACACAUCAAUAAAUUAUUAGAUAUAAUAUUCAAUGGUGCUGUGAAGCAAUACGAACCUAAAUAUGAGCCCAUAAAGGAAGAAUUAUUGGAUAUGGAGCCUGAAUAUGAGUCUGAAAGUGAGCAAGAGUCCAUAAAGGAAGAAUUAUUGGAUAUGGAGCCUGAAUGUGAGCAAGAGCCAAUAAACGAAGAAAUAUUGGAUAAGGAGCCUGAAUAUGAGUCUGAAAGUGAGCAAGAGUCCAUAAAGGAAGAAUUAUUGGAUAUGGAGCCUGAAUGUGAGCAAGAGCCUAUAAACGAAGAAUUAUUGGAUAAGGAGCCUAAAUAUGAGCCUGAACAAGAGACACAUCCAAAACCUCCAGCUCCACGAUCAAAAUAUUCACCACCAAGUACCCCAAUUGCUACCAUGGUUACUUCUAAAGUGACAUCUCAUGAGAUACCCAUGGAUUUAUCGUAUGUUUCACCAGAUUCACAACAAACAAAACAGGUGUCCUUAGUAGCGGAAACAAUAUUAAACGUCUGCAUGGGAAAUCAUGCAGUAAACGUUUUGUUCGAAGGUUUGCAGAAAAAUCCGAGCUGUGAAUUGAAGGAAACCAUGAAAUCGAUGAAAAAUAAAAACGAAUUGAACAAGGGACCAAAUAAUGUCGAUGUUUGUACGGUUACUGAGAACGUAAAAAAGAUUCAAUGUAAAAAUUGCAUAUCAUCAGUGAACACGAAUUUCAAAUCGUGUUUCAUUUGUUUGGAAUCCGAUAAACAUUGUAUUCCAUGUUGCGAAAAAAAAUGUGGCAAAUCAUAUCACAUCGCAUGCCUGAAAUAUUGGCAACAACACAAAAUACAAUACAAGCAAAAUAAAGUAAUUGAGAUUCAUUGCCCGCGUCAUGUUUGUCAUACAUGUACUGCACCGGAAAUAAGGAGUUUGAACCACAAUAGAGAGUCUGACAAUAGGCUGAUAAAAUGUAUACUGUGUCCUGGAACUUAUCAUCGAUUUUCUAAAUGUAUUCCGGCUGGAAGUGAACUUUUGUCAAUGGCACAAAUGAUUUGUCCUCGACACCAAAUAGUAAAUGAAAGUGGAAAACAUUACAACGUUGACUUUUGCACAUUUUGCACAUUUGGAGGCAAAUUAGUUUGCUGCGAUAGCUGUCCAAAUGCUUUUCAUAACGAAUGCCUACCAGUAACACCCGGCAAAAAUUUUGUUUGCGAGGAAUGUGAGUCAGGUCGACGACCCCUAUAUGGUGAGAUUGUAUGGUGUAAGUAUGUAAAUAGUACUUGGUGGCCAGCUGUGACGGUUCCCCCACAUAUGAUUCCGAGAUCAGUGCUUAUCAACAAAAAAGUACCAAAUCAAAUUUGUGUCUACUUCUUUGGAACACAUAACUAUGGUUGGGUAUCACACCAUCAAAUUUAUUUGUUUAAAAGCGGCGAUGACAUUGACAGUGAAAAGGAAAAAACCAUAAAGAGCAAAGAAGCCGUAAAAGAGGCAGAGUAUUGGCUAAAUCAAUUCCAGGAUAUAUUGCAGAAAAACGGUAGAUCUGUCAAAAACUCCAAGCCGCCAAAUUAUCGAAUAAUUAAAACAAAUCGUAUGUUGGUUAAAAACAAAGAGGACGACUAUUUUGAAUGCAAUUGUCUUCCAGAAGAUUUAGCACCAUGUGGCAUUGGAAGUAAUUGCAUAAAUGCUGCCACAAACAUCGAAUGUGAUCCAGAACAAUGUCCAGCAAAGGACAAAUGUCAAAACCAAAAUUUCCAUAAAGGCAAACAAUACGAUGUGGAAAUUCGCCUGACCGAAUUCAAAGGUUGGGGACUUUUUGCCAAAGAAGAGAUACCGGCCGAAACAUUUGUUAUGGAAUAUUUGGGAGAGGUGAUUGAUAAUUUUGAAUUUCAAGACCGCUUCAAACGCGCCAAAUCAGACAACGCCGACAACUAUUAUUUUGCAACACUCGGGAAAAAUCUAUACAUUGACGCAGAGUUUGAAGGGAAUGAGGCCAGAUUUAUAAAUCAUUCAUGUAAUCCAAACACAAAAACUGAAAAUUUUUGCGUAUAUCACAAGGGUAAAGGAGAAACCAAGCUUGGUAUUUAUUCAACGCGGAAAAUUAGUAUUGGGGAGGAAAUCACGUACGAUUACAAAUGGAGUACAAAGAAAUUCAUCCAUGAAUUCACUGCUGAAAGUGCAAUUUGUUGCUGUGAUUCACCCAAUUGUACUGGAUAUAUUUAA